UCCAGAACUUAGACUGUAUAAAUCCAGAUCCAGACCAGAGGCGGAGGGAACACAACUGUGUGCAGGCAACAUGACCUCAUUAACCUGGAGACUGCUUUGUUUCAUUUGCCUCCUGGUGCCUGGAACUCUGGGAACUUCCACACAGUUUGGGUCACGCAGCCGGCAGAUCCACUCAAUAAGUCCUUCCAUCCCAAGAGUAUCCUCACAAGUCUCUCCAAGAGUCCACCAGCGCUUUGGAGAGAUUAAAUCUAUUGAACCAAUAUUGGAAGAAGAUCCGACCACUGAAAGUUUCCAAGAGGUCCAGCAGCCGGGUGCUCAUUCAGCACGAGGCUCCCAGCAGCAGCAGGGGGCCCGGGCAGGGGCCAACAACUAUCUGCAGGAGAGACAGGGAGCUGACAAUGGAGCAACAAGAUCCAACUGCAAAAAUCGUCCUAUAGACCUGGUCUUCAUCAUAGACAGCUCCCGCAGUGUACGGCCUGCAGAAUUUGAAAAGGCCAAGGAGUUCCUGCAAGACAUGGUGGAGAGCUUGGAGAUCGGCUCAGAUGCCACACGAGUCGGCCUUGUCAAUUAUGCCAGCACGGUGAAGAUCGAGUUUCUCCUGAAGACAUACUUUUUGAAGCCAGCCAUGAAGCAGGCACUGGCACAAGUCGAGCCUCUUGCUUCAGGCACCAUGACAGGAUUGGCAAUCAAGACUGCCAUGGAGAAAGCUUUCACUGCGGAAGCAGGGGCCCGAGCUGGCUCCUCAAACAUCGCCAAAGUAGCCAUUAUUGUUACAGAUGGGAGGCCCCAGGAUAAGGUGGAGGAAAUAUCAGCGGCAGCUCGGGCGUCUGGGAUUGAGAUCUAUGCAGUGGGAGUAGACAGAGCCGAUAUGAUGUCCCUGCGCCUCAUGGCUAGCCAGCCACAUGAUGACCAUGUCUUCUACGUGGAGACCUAUGGUGUCAUUGAGAAACUCACUUUCAAAUUUAGGGAAACCUUGUGUGGUAAGGAUGAUGAUGAUGGAAGUGCGGAUAUUCCAUUAGAUGACCUAAUUGAUGAUUAUGGACUAGGUGGCAGAAAAGACGGUAAAGGAAAAAAUAAUGCAAAUGACGAUAAAGGAAACAAGGGUUUGGAUGCAUGUGCUCAGGGACACAACUGCCAGCACCUGUGUGUCAACAAUGGCAACUCGUACAACUGCAUGUGUCGCGAGGGCUACAUCUUGAACCCGGACAAGAAAACAUGCGCACGUUCAGAUACAUGUGCCCAGGGACAUGACUGCCAACAUAUUUGUGUCAGCACUGAUGACUCGUUUGUCUGCAAGUGUCGAAUGGGACAUAUGUUGAACGCAGACCAGAAAACAUGCUCACGAUCAGAUGCAUGUUCCCAGGGACAUGAUUGCCAACAGAUUUGUGUCAACAAUGAUGACUCGUAUAUCUGCAAAUGUCAUGUGGAUUAUGUAUUGAACGCAGACCAGAAAACAUGCUCACGUUCAUCUUCAGAUGCAUGUCCCCAGGGACACAAUUGCCAGCAGAUUUGUGCCAAAAAUGGGAACUCUUACAUCUGCAAGUGUUGGGUUGGUUACAUCUUAAACAUGGACCAGAAAACAUGCUCACAGGAAAUGAGAGGUGAGAUAACUCAAGAUGCCUGCAUGUGUGAAGCUCAGAUUUUGUUCCAGAAAAAAGUGCAGUCCACCAUUCAGGAGCUGAGCAGAAAACUUGAUGAACUUUCAGACAAAGUGAGCCUGAUUGAGGGCGAGCAGCAGUAUUGAGGACAGCAGUAUAUAUAGACAUGUUCAAGAAAAGCAAUGUAUCCAACUAUUUUUAACCUGCAGAAAAUCAUCUGUAACCUUUAAAAAAGGUCUUUAAAUGCUUUAUAUUAUUAACAUUUAUUUUGCAUUCACAAUACUGUUUGGUUUUACUUCUGUAAAAUAUGUUAUAACUGGUGUCAAUGUUUGAAUAUCCCUGUAUAUUUUUAAGAAAAGUACAAUUCCUCAUUGCAGUGUAAGCCAAUGAGUUGAGACUUAAACAAAGAUAUUUAAGGAAGCUAUAGUUGAAAGUUUCCUUUCAUAAUGAAUGGUAGGAUGGUCACUUUUUGUUGGAGUGUUUGGUGUGAUCAACGGAUCCGAGAACAUUUCUUGGUAGAACAAACCAUAAUAUUAACUCAACAACUAAACUCUGAUACAACAAGUGCAUUGUUGUUAUCCGUCUGAUUGCAGCAUUAUUAUGCAAAGAAUAAAUCCUUAUCCAAUUGGUUCAUGGCACUUUUCUUGAAACCUGAAAUGUUGCUACAAUUACAUUUUGCGAUGUUAAUUGGUUGUAAGUGUUUUGUUUGUAACUGACAGGAUUAAAUGUUUAAUGGGAGAUGGAAAACUGUUCAUGGAGUUCAAGGGUUAUCUGGCUGCUUCAAAACUUUGCACGCUUAAACUGUUGGCAGUGAGCUAUCCUGGAGAUUUAAGUCAAGCUCCAUUUCACAUCCAACUAAAAGAGUACUUCACUGCUCAAUUUCUUCAUCAUAAAAACAUGUGAAAAAGUUGAAAAGAUUAUUUAUGUAGCAGAGCACUUUGUAAAUUGACAAAUAGGUGUAUACCUAUGGUGUUUUUGUGACAACAUGUCUGUAUAUUUUAAAUUGGGUGUUAACCUGCACAUGGAAAUUAAAUAUUGUGAAAGAAUGGA